AUUAAAUUUGUUAUUGAAGAUAAAUCAAUUACAGAGAAUAAAUCAAAUAAGAAAUAAAGAGAAAAAGAGUAUGGAUUAGAGCAUGUAUUCUUGGACGAGAAAUUAGAGGUGAAGCUUCAAUAUUGGUGCAAGAAAUGCGUUUUCGGGACGUGGUUUGGUAUUAUAAUUAUACACGAAUGAUGCCUGAUUCUUUCGAUGAAUUACUUAAUUUAAUUGAACCAAUUAUACGAAAACAAGAAACAAACUGUCGAAAACCAAUUCCACCUGCUAUCCGGUUGUUAAUAACCUUGCGAUAUUUAGCAUCUGGUGAUUUAAUGUCAUCACUCGCAAUGUCAUAUCGUUUAGGUAAAUCUACUGUUUCUGGUAUAAUUCAAGAGACAUGUGAAGCUAUUUGGGAGACUUUGCAACAUCGUGUUUUAUUUCAACCUUCUCAACAACGAUGGAAAGAGAUAGCAGAUGAUUUUUCUAGAAAAUGGAACUUUCCGCAUUGUAUAGGAGCUAUCGAUGGGAAGCAUGUUGUAAUACAAGCACCACCAUAUGCAGGGUCGACUUUUUACAAUUAUAAAGGGCAACACAGCAUUGUUCUCAUGGCAAUAGUAUCAGCAUCUUAUGAGUUUUUGAUGGUCGAUAUUGGUGCCCAAGGAAGGCAUCAUGAUGGAGGAAUUUUUAAAGGAUCUAUUAUGGGACAGCGAUUUGAAAAUAGACAAAUGGAGUUACCACCUCCAUGUUCGCUGCCAAAUUCUAAUAUUCUUGUUCCAUAUAUACUUGUGGGUGAUGCCGCUUUCCAACUUAAUGAAUAUACUCUUAGACCAUAUCCCGGUAAUCGAUUGAACAGAAUUAGAGAAAUAUUUAAUAAAAGACUGAGUCGAGCCAGGCGUGUUGUGGAAAAUGCGUUUGGUAUUAUGGCUAGUAAAUGGAGGAUUUAUAGGAAACCUAUUAAUGCAUCACUAAAAACAAUUGAAAGCAUAGUUAAAGCAACUGUCUGCCUUCAUAAUUUUUUAUUAUCAACGCCAUAUUAUGCAAAUAGUAUUAAUACGUGUCAAAAUUUUGUACAAGAAAAUGCAACUGCUUUUGAAAAUAUUCGUUCAAUGGGAAGUAAUACACAUUCGCGAUUAGCAGCACAGAUUAGAGAUAUAUUUGCUCAAUAUUUUGUAGAAGUAGGCUCUGUACCUUGGCAAGAUGCAUAUGUGUUAAAUGCAUCUACAUAAAGCAAUUUAAUGUUAUAUUUUAAGAAUUAUAGCAAUUACAAAAUAUUAUAUCUUUUUAGUAUAAGUUGUAUAAAAAUAAA